AAUAUGGUGCUUUUACUGCGUUCGCAAGAUAAGUACUUACAUUCAAGCACUUUUCUUAGGAAGGGUGAACACGGUAUGUGAAAUCUUUGUUUGUGUGCUGCUUGCAUCCUCAAAUAAUCUCCGCAUUGUUUAAAGCGAAGCACGGCCUACAGUAGUUGAUCUCCCCAUCAUCUGUAGAACAAUGAAAACCCCUCUCCUCCUGCUGUGGGUGUAGAUGGCACCAUGCUGGAUGACACCAGUGAUGAAGCGCAGCAGCAGUCUGGGCGCUGCUCAGACUGUGGGUGCAGUUUCAGUCUCCCACAACCUGACUCUGAUCCUGAUUCUGAUAACACUGCAGCCGCUCCUGAACGGCAGAAUAAAACAGACAGUCCUUCCAAAUGUCCAUCCUGCCAGGCAGGCAGCAGCCCCCACAAUGGGCGACGGCCACACCGGCGCAUCCGCCUGGACCCUCACAGCUGCAGCCUGUGCUCCAAAACCUUCAUCUCCUCCGCUCACCUGACCCUUCAUCUUGCUUCUCACAAUAAGGAGAGGAAAUUCAAAUGUAACACCUGUGGCAAAUUCUUCCAUCAGUCCUCCCACCUAAUGGCGCACAAGAUAAUCCACAGUGGAGACAGGCCGUUUAAAUGCCCAGAUUGUGGUAAGACCUUUGGGCGCGCUUCACAUCUGAAGACACACCGUCGACUCCACACUGGCGAAAAGCCUUUCAAAUGCACGUACUGUGACAAGUCCUUCACCCAGAAGGCUGGGCUGCUAGCACAUGUUCGUCUGCACACCGGGGAGAGACCAUAUAAGUGUGAACAGUGUAGCCAGGGGUUUCGCUCUUUGUCACUGCUGCUCUCUCACAAGGCUCAAGAGGCUUCCGGACAGGCCAAGUCCCUGUCUCCACCACCGCUCAGCCAGCCUCAGAAAACACAAACCAGCAGUGAAGAUCUGAAGUGUGGCGUCUGCUGCCGCACCUUCGUAAGGUCAUCUUACAUCAGGCUGCAUAUACGGCUCAACAAAGGACAGCGACCUUAUCACUGCAAAGUGUGCAACAAGACCUUUGUCAAACUGGAAACGUUUGUGAACCACUGUGACAAACACUUGAGACAGAAAAAGGAUAAAAGUAAGGGCGUAGAGGACAAGGUUGUCAAACCUCCCCUGUUUGUCCCACUCUCCAGGCCUUCUUCUCCUGAGUCCUUACCUGCUCAGCCGCUGUCCCAAGAGGUCAACACACGCUCCAGAGCAAAAGCAAAGAUUAAAACAGAGCCAUAACCAAGAGGAGAACGUCCACCGAGAUGGCAGUAGUGUAAUGCCAGUGCUUUAAAGGAUUAAAAGGUUAAAUGUUUACAAAUGAUGGUAAGAAAGGGACAAAGAGCAAAUUGAUAGCUGAACAAUUCCCAUUUUUAUUUAAUUUAUUUCAA